AUGGUUCAUGAUGACUGUGGUCUCGCUCUUGGCCCAAGCCAUAUCAAUCGGUCUUCUCUCUCCACAUGGAGACAAUUUUUAAUCAUCAAAGUCUCGGUUCUUCAGAGACUGUACUGUGAGUGCCACAACAUUCUACGUAGUGAUGCUCUGUCACAUUCCUACAAGGAGUUCACUACAGAAAUAGAGAGGAUUCCUCAACGUUUGAUCUCGUCGUUGGCGGAGACUAGACAUACUUUGGCCACACUCUUCCUCUUAUGGUUACUUUGUCUUUCUGGCAUUUAUAUGUGUUCUUCCUACGACCAAAACACUCAGGUCCAAGCAUUGCAUAUUGAGGAUUAUGCGGUAAUCAAUAUGUUGAGCUAA